CACAGCUUCUCGAACGCGUCGUCUCUCCCGUGUCUACCGCCGUGACGGGUACAGACUUGCAGUCAUGGCGGCGGCGGCGGCGCUCUGCUUUGUCACCCUACUCGCCUUCUGUUUCAUAGCACCGGUGGCGUUGAUGCUGGGGUACUACUACGGCUCGCCGGAGCUAGUCGUCGUCGGAUCCGGUUGCUCGAGGCUGGUGGAGACGAACUCGUUCUUUGUGGAGGACAUCGAGGCGAGGAUGGAGGGAGGGUCGCCGGAGAACGGGUUGGUGUUCUACGGGUUGACUGCUGCUCCGCCUCUCGCCGUUCCAGCCGCGUGGUCGGAGGCUCGCUGCGCCAUCGUACCUGCCAAUUCUCACAGGGAAUGGGCAUAUUUCCUUAACAGAGGAUCUGAAAUAGAAGUAGCUUACAGCGUCAGGAGUGAAACUGAAUCGCCUCAUCCAAUCUGCAUGAUCAUUGCACGAGGCAAAAAAAACUUCAUGCAAUGGACUGAUAAGCCAUCAGCAAAUAACACCACAUUAUUAUGGCACCUGGUGCGCGGAAAUGGAACAAUCAAGCAGACUAUCAAUCUCUCGUCUGAGUACUACAUUGCCUUGGAAAACUUAAACAAUCAGGAUAUAACGGUUGUACUGGAAUUCAGAAUCAAGACCUUGUUCUACAACACCACUGCAGCAGAUUAUGCGUGCUCACCGAGCAACUCUCUCUGCACAUACAAACUACCAUUUUUAGGACGAAAUGUUGUGGUUCUAUCAUCUGGCCCCAAAGAGGGACUGAAUUCUGAUGAUCAAUAUCUGAAUCUGUCAUAUGGACCUCGUUGGAUAGUGUACCUCAUCGGAUUAGCUAUGUUGGCUGUUGCGCUGCUGAUCCUGUACGAAAUUGUGAGCAUACUGUUCGCUCCCCGGCAUGGAGACAGCGGCGGCGGCGCAGGCAGUACGAGAGCCCCGCUGCUGUCGCCGGCGAGCAAAGAGGAAGACAGCGAGAGCCUGGGGUCGUCGUACGACUCCGCGUCGCACGACGGCGACGGGGAAGACGACGACGACGUGGAGGAAGGCGGCGGCCGCGGCGGCGGCGGCGAGGGCCGGCACCUCUGCGUGGUGUGCUGCGACGCGCGGAGGGACUGCUUCUUCCUCCCCUGCGGCCACUCCGCCACCUGCCAUUCGUGCGGCACGAGGGUGGCGGAGGAGGACGGGAGCUGCCCGCUGUGCCGGAGGAAGCUGAGGAAAGUGAGGAGGAUCUUCACCGUCUGAGAACUCUCGAUCGACGGAGAAACGGAAGAGGGAAAAAAAAUGGAACGCCCACCGUGGGGCUCGAACCCACGACCACAAGGUUAAGAGCCUUGCGCUCUACCGACUGAGCUAGACGGGCUUAGUGUUCAGGCAUUGCAUAAUAGGAAUACAAUAGUAUUAAAAGGUUGCGAAUAUAUUUAUAUGGAAAUUGUAUAGCUGUACUAAUUGUGGCAAACAGGAAUUCUAUGGCAUACAUGCACACAGGAUUUUCUUUUGGGAGCGUUGGACUAGCCUGAUAUGAAAUGCACUUCGUUAAC